AUGGCCACCAUGCCCAAGAAGACCAUGGGCCGUCAAAAGGUUAAGCUCAAGAGGAUAGAAAAUGAGGAUGCUCUCUAUGUGACCUUCUCCAAGAGAAAGUCGAGUCUCUUCCAGAAAGCUGCCGAGCUUGCCACCCUGUGCGGGUCCGAGAUUGCACUGGUGGUGUUCUCCCCGGCAGGCCGGCCGUACUCUCUCGGCCUCCCCACCGUCGACAAGGUCUUCCACCGAGUCCUCUCGAGUGGACCUGCCCAAAUGGGCUCCGGCCACAGCGUGGUGAGCCACUCCGCCAAGCAGUGCUCCGAGAUAACCAAACACUUGGAACAAGAGAAGAGCAGGAAGGCCAUUCUCGUGGAGAGGCUCCAGAAGGAGGCACCACCCAGGUGGGAGGAUGGGCUCCAUGGACUCGGGUGGGACGACCUCCUGAUACUGGCUAAAGAGGUGGAGGAGCUCAAGUCCAAGGUGGAUUCCAGGGUCUGCGAGAUCCUUCUCCAAGGGGCUUCAUCAUCCACGGCUAAUGCUGAUGCUUGGCCCGUCGGAAGCUCUGAGGGUUCGUAUGGGGUUGGACCACGGGGGCCGCUGGUGAGCUUGGGUAUGGGUUUCAACAAGCAAUGA